UUCCAUGACGACAAGGCAGCGUGAAGUAAUGGCCCCGUUCCAAACGUUUAAUUAAAGCAAUACACAUAAGGUUGAAACAAUUUACCUAACGCACAGGGUAAUCAUUUUAACAUGUCAGCUCACAAUACUCGAUAUACAGCUUAAAUUCAAAGAUAAAGGCAAAAGGCAAAGUCAUCCUUAGUUUGUUUACAUCCUUAUCAUUUACUUCCUGGAUUCUGUGACGUCCUACAACCAGGAAAAUACGUAAAUAGUCAUCCCGCGGGCCAGAUUGGAGACUCUGGCGGGCCGGUUUUGGGCCGCAGGACCCCCUGACCUAUCAAGUGAAGAUCCCAAAGAAAAUGGCCUCUACCAUCAGCCUGCUCUCUGAGAAGAUCUUCCUGUGCUCCUUGUGCAAAGACAUCUUCACAAACCCUGUGACCACUCCAUGUGGACACAGCUUCUGCCUGUCCUGUCUCAGCAACUACUGGGCACGACACCAGAACCGAUACUGUCCCCACUGUAGGAGAGUGUUUGCUGACAGGCCUGACCUCAGCAUCAACCACGUACUGGCAGACAUCUCCGACAACUACAAGAAGAAUCGUCCAGAGGACCCACCUGAAGAGGAAAAGGUUAUAGAUGUUGAGCAAAUGAUUCAAGAACGGCUGCAGAAGAUAGAACGGUUAAAAUACUCCAUCCAGCUCCAAAAGAACUCUUACCUCAGAGAAGUGCGAGAGAGUCAGAAGGUCUUCUCUGCUCUCGUAUGUGAGAUGGAGAAGAGUCACAAAGCACUGGUUGGAGCAAUAGAGGACAAACAGAGAGAGGAGGAGAGGAGAGUAGAGACGCUUGUGGAGGAGCUGAAGCAGGAGAUCCAGUUGCUGAAGAAAGAGAGCCCUGAACCUGAGCCUCAGAUUCCUGUGAAUGAUGACCAAAGUGAAGACGUGAAGCAAGUUACAGUGAACAUCGUUUCCAACCUGUGCCCCUCUGAGAUGAAGGACUGGUCUAAGGUUACCAUAGAAUCAGACCCUUGUGUUGGGGUCACCAGGCGAGCUCUGUCAGACGUGAUGGAAAUGAUGAAGGUAGAAGUCAACAGGCUCUCCAAAUCUGAACUGAAGAGAAUAGAGAAAUACACAGCGGAUGUCAAUCUGAGUGCUAAGACAGCCCACCCCUCUCUCUCCGUCUCAGAUGACAGAAAACAGGUGAGACAAACAGACAAGAUGCAGGAAGUAUCUGAUCACCCCAAGCGCUUCGACCGUGUUGCAAACGUGCUGGCCAAAGAGAGUGUCAGCAGUGGGAGGUGCUACUGGGAGGUGGAGGUCGGGGAGAAGAUCGAGUGGACUCUGGGUGUGGUUAGACAGUCCAUAAACAGGAAAGGCAAGUUUACUGUCUGCCCUGCUAAUGGUUUCUGGACUUUAGGCUUGAAGCCUGGAGGCCAGUACAUUGCUAACACCUCUCCUGUGACCCCGGUGGCCCUGGAGCAGAGACCCAAAACAGUGGGCGUGUUUGUGGACUAUACAGAGGGCCGCGUGUCUUUCUUCUGUGCUGAAUCUGGAGUCCACCUUCACACCUUCACUGAUACAUUUACUGACAGGCUUCAUCCUUUUUUCAGUCCUGGACGCCUGCAUGGAAGCAAAAAUGCCUUACCCCUAACAAUCUGUUCAAGUUUCUGCAGCAUCUAAACACCAUACAUACUGAAUAAUUUAUCAAU